GGAUUUGCCAAUCUCUCUCUCUCUCUCUAUUAAUAUAUAAUCUCUCUGUGUCUCUCUCUGACUAUUCUCUAGCUACAAAUUCCAUUUCUCUUGAUUUAAUUAAGAGGAGUGGAAUAACCAAAGAAAGAUAAAAAAUAAUAAUAAAUAAAAUAAAUAAAAACAGAGAGAGAUGGAGAGAGAAGAAGAAGAGAGAGGAGGAGGAGCUUUUAGACAAAUAAAAUGAACAACAACAUCUCUUGCCCUGUUUUCUUUCUUCUUCUUCUUCCUCUUCCUUCUCGCAGAUCUUAGUUUCCCCUCAUAUUCUCCUCUGGGUCAUCUCCAAAAUGGUGAAUUUUCUUUCCUUUUUUGGCUCCUUCCUCUUGAUCUCUCUUCAAUCUCAUAUGGGUAUUUAAUUUGAUCCGCCUAAUUCUCCGUUUGGCUUCAUUUGCUUUGCCUUUUCGAUUAUCAGGAAUUGUGGGUUGUAUUCUGAUUGCUUGUUGAAGGAUCCCAUGAUCCUAUAUUGGAUUUGACCAUCACCCACUUUGUCUUUGAUCAGGCCACCAAUCCGGUUCUGUCUAAAUUAUCAUAUAAGAAAAAGAUGGAAUCAGAUCUUGGUAAGCUCUUCAUUGGUGGGAUUUCUUGGGACACAGAUGAAGAACGUCUCAAAGAAUAUUUUAGCAAGUAUGGAGAGGUGGUGGAGGCAGUGAUCAUGAGAGAUCGUGCCACUGGCCGUGCCCGUGGCUUUGGUUUCAUCGUCUUUGCAGAUCCUGCUAUUGCCGAGAGAGUAAUCAUGGAUAAGCACAUGAUUGAUGGUCGCUCGGUUGAAGCAAAGAAGGCUGUACCCAGAGAUGAUCAACACAUUUUAAACAGAAUUGCUAGCAGCCCUCAUGGUUCUCCUGGACAUGGGCGCACAAAGAAGAUUUUUGUUGGAGGUUUACCAUCUUCUAUUACUGAGAGUGACUUUAAGAAGUACUUUGAUCAGUUUGGUACAAUUACUGAUGUUGUGGUGAUGUAUGACCAUAACACGCAAAGGCCAAGAGGGUUUGGCUUCAUCACUUAUGAUGCUGAGGAUGCAGUGGAUAGAGUGCUGCAUAAAACAUUUCAUGAACUCAAUGGUAAAAUGGUUGAGGUUAAGAGGGCAGUCCCGAAAGAGCUAUCCCCAGGGCCAAGCCGAAGCCCUCUUAUAGGAUAUAAUAAUUACAGUUUGAAUAGAGCAAGUAGCUUCCUUAAUAGUUAUGCUCAGGGUUAUAAUCUAAACUCAGUUGGAGGUUUCGGAGUCAGGGUGGAUGAUAGGUUUAGUCCUCUUAGUGGUGGCCGGAGUGGCUAUGCUGCAUAUGGUACAACUGGUUAUGGAUUAGGUAUGAACUUGGAGUCAGGUUUGAGUCCAAGCUAUAGUGCAAGUUCAAACUUUGGUAGUAAUGUAGGAUAUGGGCGAAUGCUGAGUCCAUAUUAUAGUGGAAAUUCAAACAGGUAUAACACACCUAUUGGUUAUAAUGCUGGGACUGGAAGAAAUGAUUCUGUUUUGAACUCAGCAAACCGAAAUGUCUGGGGAAAUGGGGGUCUUAACAGUGGAGUAAAUUCCACCACUUCUGGUGGUUACUUAAGUUCUGUAGGCAGGGGCUUUGGAGUUUCAUUUGGAAAUAAUGGAGUAAAUUGGGGCCCUUCUCCUGUUUCUAGU